UUCUGCUUCUGCUGCUGCUGCUGUUUUUACCUCUGCUUCUGGCCCGAUCUCGAAUUCAUUUCAUUCCCGCAUUCGACGCGGUCGCGAAUAGUUUGGAUUUGGCUUUUGGAUAUAGUUUUGCUUUGACGCCGCGGUAUGCGCUGAACUGAACUGAAAUUAAGUAAAUUGAAGUGAAGUGAAGAGACUGCGACUGUGAUUGUGACUCGCGACUGUGACAGUGAGAUGAAGCCGUAGAUGAAGCCAAAGGCAACGCUGAUAAAAGCAAAUUGGAGAGAUACAAAAAGCGCAACAACUAAAGACCAAAAGACGUGAGCUUUGAGCGCCACAUAAGUGCAGAGUACUACAUAUAGAGCUGUCUGAGUGCGCGUGUGUGCGUGUGUGUGUGUGUGUGAGUGUCAACGUCAUUUGAGAUGACUGCCAAAGAUACGGGCCAUGUGAACGGCGCCUUUAAUGGCGCUGAUGUGUCGGUGGACAUACCCACGAAUACGCUGUACCACACAUCGCGCGACUGCAUCGUCCAGCAGGAGGAGGAGCCGGUGAUGUCCGGCUGGAAGGACUGCUGCCGCAGCACCUGGGCGAACAUCUUUCGCCGCAAGACGCUGGAGAAACGCUUCCCCAUACUCGUCUGGCUGCCGCAGUACAAAAAGGACUACAUCUUCGGCGACAUUGUGGCCGGCAUCUCGGUGGCCCUGACUGUGAUACCGCAGGCUCUGGCCUACGCCGGCAUAGCCGGACUCGAUCUGCAGUAUGGACUGUACGCGUGCUUUCUGGGCUGCUUCAUUUACAUCUUCAUUGGCUCCAGCAAGGAUGUGCCCAUUGGGCCGACGGCCAUUUCGGCGCUGCUCUCGUUCCAAAUAGCCGGCGGCAGCUGGCAGAUGGCCACGCUGCUGACCUUCCUCACCGGCCUCAUCGAGAUACUGAUGGGCAUCUUCCGGCUGGGCUUCCUCAUUGACUUUGUGUCGGGGCCGGUGGGCGCCGGAUUUACCAGCGCCGUCUCGCUGAUCAUCUUCAGCUCACAGAUGAAGGACCUGCUGGGCAUACGCACCAGCGGCAACACCUUCCUCCAGGUGUGGAUCAGCAUCAUCAACGACAUACAGAACAUCAGCUGGCCGGACUUCGGACUGGGCAUCACCUGCAUCGUUCUCCUGCUCAGCCUGCGCGCCCUGGCCAGCUGCAGCGUGGGACCCAAGCAGGGCAAGUCCACCUGCCAGCAGCUCCUCACGGGCAUCUUCUGGACGGUGGGCACGGCGCGCAAUGCGCUGCUGGUCUGUGCCACCGCCGCGCUGGGCUACUGGCUGUCCAUCAGCGGCAACGAGCAGCUGGUGCGCACCGUUGGCUUUGUGCCCAAAGGACUGCCCCAGUUCCAGUCGCCGCCCUUCCACAUGGACGCGGUGGUCAACGAGACGACGGGGGAGGUGCUGCAGGAGGCGCAAACCUUCUGGGAUAUGGUCGGCACACUGGGCUCCGGCCUCAUAGUGGUGCCCAUGAUUGCCCUGCUGGAGACAAUGGCCGUGGUGCAGGCCUUUGCCGAUGGCAAGCCAACGGAUGCUACCCAAGAGCUGAUUGCCUCCGGCAUUUGCAAUGUGGCCAACUCCUUCGUGCAGGGCCUGCGCAGCAAUGGUGGCGUGGCACGCGGCGCCAUUCUGAAUGCGAGUGGCGUGCGCACGCAGUUAUCCAAUUUGUAUACGAGCGUCAUCGUCAUCAUUGCGCUGCUCUACCUCACGCCCUGCUUCUACUACAUACCCAAGGCGGCCCUCGCGGCCAUCAUCAUUGCCGCAGUGCUCUUCAUGGUCCAGUAUCGUGUCAUCAAGCCCAUGUGGCACAGCAAGAAAACGGAUUUGAUACCCGGCCUGGGCGCAUUCUUUGCCUGCCUGGUCAUGCCGCUGCAGCUGGGCAUUCUGGUGGGCAUUGGCAUUAAUGUGAUCUUCAUUCUAUACCAAGCGGCACGACCCAAGCUGCGCAUCGAAACACUCAGCACGCCGAAUGGUCAGCGUUAUUUGAUGCUCACGCCGGAUCGCUGCCUCAUCUUUCCCUCGAUGGAGUUUGUGCGCAAAGUGAUCAAUAAGCAGGGCGUCAAGUCGACGCUGCCCGUCGUCAUCGACUGCACGCACAUUUAUGGAGCGGACUUUACGGCUGCGAAGGUGAUAUCGACGAUGGUCAUGGAUUUCGCACAGCGCCAGCAGCCGCUGUUCUUUUACAAUCUGCAGCCGCGUGUGGCGCAGGUAUUCGAGGGCCUCAACAAAGAUCUGGUGGCUAUAUACGAUAUUAGCCAGCUGCAUGCCAAGCUGGGCGACAAGACGACCUAACCUCGUUUAAUGAUAGAUUAAUUUAAGUCUCUUUUAUUUAUUUCAACACACACACACACAAACACACAUAUACCUAAACACUCGCUCAAAACUCAGCUAGAUCAAUUUGAAUGGUUUGGCGAGGCCAGCGACUAGUUUCAUUCAAAGAAAACAAAAAGCAAACAUUCAAACUAAAAUGAAAAGAUCGAAAGAAGCCCACGCAACGUUACCAACGAUCAUUACCACCAACAACGACGACAACAACGACAACAACUACAACAGCAAAACAGUCCAGCCAAAUAGUCAAAUAUUAUUUUCCGUAAAUUUAAUUAGCAUUUAAGUUGAAGCAAUCUUCCAUUAUUUAUUCGUUGGUGAAUGAUUUGAUUUCAUAUUUGGCCAAAUGCUGAUCAAAAUAACUUUGCACCUCAUUGUUGUCUAUCAGAUUGCUACGCAUAGUAUUAUAAAUUUAUAUAACUAUUAUAAAUAUAUAUACAUAAAUAAAAAGCAUUAACUGCUGACUAGUACUUAAAUAAAAAGGCUAUAAAAAUUAUGCGCUCA